CGGACCGCAAAAAACGGAAUGGUCGUGUGCAUGUAGCCUUAGUCUGCAAGACCUCACUUUGAUUAUGCUGGAAGUUACCCGGUGUGGCGUAAGUCUUCACGAGGAGCUGCUGCUGACCUCUGGGGCACUCUUUCUGGCUCCUGGACUAAGGUUAGGCUGGCGUUCUUGGUAGUCUCUAAGUGACUGUGAGGUCACCCAGGCACUCCAGAUCCUCCUUGCAUUUUUGCCUGGCAUUUUCACUGUCUGCAGUUGUGAGACGUGUGCCACUGAAGUACGCACGGAGCGCGACUUCCGGUGUUUGGAAUGCACGUGGUUGCAAUCUGGGCGAAUACGGGAAGUGAUGUGCGUGGCUCCAAUUGGAGUGCAUAACGGAAGUGACGCGUGAAUCUCAUCUUCUGGGUUUCUGGUUGCAUAUGAACGCCGAUAGGGACCAGCAUUCGAUUUAAAAUCCCUAAAGUAAGGGAAAAAGAGUGCGCUACACAGAAGGAGCCCAGCCAGCCUGUGAUUCUCUUAUGGAAGCCUCUCUCUCCCUGUCUGGACAUAUGGAGGAGGAAGGCAGUCAGCAUGCCGAUGUCCCGGAGGGCCAUGAUGGCAGACCGAUAGUCUCUGGAGGGGAAGCUGGAAUCCAUGUGAACGGCGGCUCAGUCCCAGGCAGGAGCGUGGGACGCGUCCAAUCAGAGCGCUGCCAGCAGGACGGGCUCAGGACUGCAGCCGGCACAUGCCAGGGCACAAUACCUGGCAAAGUUGGGAGAACCAACACUACAUCUCCUUUGGGUGCCCUGCAUAUUUUAUUCUCUGACGCUAGGAGAACACUAUGCCUUUAAGUUCUGCAUGGGACCUAGGAAGAGGAAUGAAUCGUCCUGGGGUCACCGUCUGAGAUAAAGGACGCUCACAGGACAUUCCCAGAAUACUCAAUGUGGCUUUUGGUGAAAAGUAAAGACACAAGCUCAUGAACUAAUCUCCCAGACUCCUGAAACACCAAGAUGGACCUACAUUUCUUCUCUCUUCUCCUGGUCAAGUGUCUCCUUCAUCUGAUUUUGUGUGAUAAAGAAAUACCCCGAUCCGCAAACACAUUAAAGUGGGAAGAGAAGGACACCUCCGACAACCUGGUGAGCAAUGUGGCCCACCCCCGACUCCACAGCCCUCUCCGUCUCUUUGUCAAACAGUCGGCUCUUCAAAGACAAGCCCAGCUCUCUUAUUUCGACACCACAGAACACUUCUGGAACUGGCUGUCCAAUGUCACCCACACUCAAGAGUCCUUGGUACGAACUAAACGUCGGCCCAUAGUGAAAACGGGCAAAUUCAAAAAGAUGUUCGGCUGGGGGGAUUUUCAUUCCAAUAUUAAAACUGUCAAGUUGAAUCUUCUCAUCACGGGGAAAAUUGUGGAUCAUGGAAACGGGACAUUCAGCGUUUAUUUCCGACAUAACUCAACGGGACUUGGGAACGUUUCGGUGAGUCUUGUUCCUCCUUCCAAGGUGGUGGAGUUUGAAACUUCUGCUCAGUCAACCCUGGAGAACAAGGAUUCCAAGUCCUUCAACUGUAGGAUUGAGUACGAGAAAACGGACCGGGCAAAGAAAACUGCUUUGUGCAACUUUGACCCCUCUAAGAUCUGUUACCAAGAACAAACCCAGAGCCACGUCUCCUGGUUGUGCUCAAAGCCCUUCAAGGUCAUUUGCAUCUACAUUGCUUUUUUCAGCGUAGACUAUAAACUAGUGCAAAAAGUUUGCCCUGAUUACAAUUACCACAGUGAGACACCCUAUUUGUCCUCUGGAUGAUAUCCCCGCUGUCCUAUGUACUGCUGUGCCCCAUAAAUGAUGGUCAGGGAAGCUCUUAUCAUGGAGAUACUUUGUGCUUCUUGAAUGGGCAAUGUUCCUUUAUCAGGUGGACAAAAAAAAAAUAAUUGUAACAGUGUUUAGACUUGUAUAAUAUAUUUCGGUUUCUCUAAUUUCUGUAAUUUUUAAAAUACAUAGGGAAUAAAUCCUGCAACGGGAGCACAUAACUGCAUUAUCGGUAUUGUGAGGAUUCUGUAUGAUAUACGUGUGACGUAGGGAUACGUUGUUUAGUGGCGUUCUUAAAGGAACACUCAACUUAAAGUCUACAGCCUGCAAAGGUAGAAGAGCGUUGUAAGAUGACUUACCAGGAUCAGUCACCUAUGGUAGGUAGGUGUAUCUGGAGGUUCUCAGAACUGAAGAUAAAGUAGGGUUUAUGGGCAGGUGGGACCUUUUUGGACUUUCCUCCAGUUAACCCAUUGAAAAAUAGAAGAGUGGGUUUCUUCUCAACCUGAAAUGGCUUCUUACAUGGAAUAAUAAUGCAACUGCACAGCAAAUAAAGGUAAAAUACUGUAGACUUUAAGGUUAGUGUGCCUUCGAGGCAGCAGACUGAAGAUGAAAAUACUAUAGACUUUAGGUUUACUGUGCCUUUUAAGACUAUGAACUCCUUCAGGGGGAUUUUUUUUAAUGAUUGCAUUUUACUCAUUUUGGGCUAAAAGUCAUUUUUUCAAUUGGUCUUUAUUAAAAAAUGUCAGUAGUUUUUGUCAGAAAGGGUUGACUCUUUGCCUAGCUUUGAGGUUCUUACUUUCACUUUGAGCUGUCAUCUGUAGUAAAGCCUUAUCCUUGAACUACUAACAGAUCAUAAACACUUAUUAAAGCCAUAUUCAUAUCAGUAAGAUGACAACUGAGCUAUAACAAGUGUUUAUGAGGUCAGGAAAUCAGAGAUAAGGAGCCGACAGCUGAGCUGCCUGACGGAAAACCUGAUACUAGAGAAUCUCCAGGCUGUACAGAGAAAGGGUGCCAUUUUUUUUUAUUUAUAAAGACCAAUAAAAAAAAAGAUUUUUAGCUCAAAAUGAGAACAAUGCAAUAAUAAAACAAUUCACCCCCCAAAGAUGCCCAUACUCCACAGCCUUUAAGGCAGCAGAUUGAUGAUGAAAUACUGUAGACUUUAACUUUAGUGUGCCUUUAGGGCAGCAGAUUGACACUGUUGAUAACUUGAUGAACCUUUUAAUGUCCUGAUAAAUUUCCCUAUGUGCAAUAUAAAUAACAGCUCAUGUUUGAAAUUCAUUAUGUUUGUUUUUUUAUAUAUAUAUAUAUACUUUGUGUUUCUGGGGUAGAAUUAGAAAAUAUUUAGUAACAAAGUAUCAUUAUGCAUGGAUCCAUAGCAGCGAAUCCAUAAUGAACUCUGAUCAGAUUCAGUAUUGAGUUCUGCAGUGCACCCUGGGAGCAUCAGA